UAUCUAUAACUAGGCCUACUGAAUGUUUUAUCCCAAUUCUGGCACCAAGAGCCUCAAAACAAAAACUGCUGCAUCACUGCCUUCCUGUGGCAAAUUCUGGAAGAAGCCAGCACUGUCGUGGUUACGUCACGACGGAGUACUCGGGCGCGUCCAAAAAUGCGAUUACCCAGUGAGCUCCUAGUUCUAGCCAUAGACUAGCCCUAACAGCAGUGACUUCCUACUGACAUAAAUAACAAGCUGCUAGCAGCUGAUCGCACAGUCAUCCGGUGUUAGCUGAAAAUUCCAUCCUGGUGCGCCCGUCCUUAUAACAGGAUUUCGACGCGUUAUUGCGAUCCCUACAUAACAGAAGUUGUAUUUUUACGUUAGUGAUCAGGGACUAUUCAUCACCAUAGUGCCAUGGAAUUUCCAGAUUUGGGAGAGCAUUGCUCAGAGAAGUCCUGCAAGCGACUAGACUUUCUGCCAAUGAGAUGUGACGCCUGUGAAGAAAUCUUUUGCAAAGACCAUAUCACCUACGCCAAUCACAAGUGCACUUCAUCCUACAAAAAGGAUGUCCAAGUCCCAGUGUGCCCGUUGUGUAACAUCCCUAUCCCCAUCAAAAGAGGAGAGAUGCCAGACAUUAAAGUUGGAGAGCACAUAGACCGGGACUGCAAGUCAGACCCAGCACAGAGGAAAAGAAAGAUCUUCACAAAUAAAUGUUCGAAGGGAGGCUGCAAGCAGAAGGAAAUGAUUCGUGUGACGUGCGACGAGUGUCACUUGAACUACUGUCUGAAGCACAGGCAUCCGCUGGACCACGACUGUAAGACAGACGGCAAACCGGUUUCUAAGUCUGGACACGCCGCUCUGAUGAGGGCCCAGCCAACCUCCAGUAGCAGUUCUGGCAGUUCUUCCAGUAGGGGGAGCUCUCGCCCCGUCUCCAAUGGCAUGCCAGGGAAUUCCAGGACCCAUAGCAAUGCACAAGCAACAUACACUCAAGCCCCUACAGUGGCUGCUUCAGCACAGAAUGUCAUACCCCCAUCAGUGUCUUUCCAAGCAGGACUGACAGAGGAGCAGGCUCUGCAGAGAGCUCUGGAGAUGUCUUUGGCAGAGUCGGCGCAGCCAAGCCCUCCUCAGGCACUCAGUCCGCAGGAGCAGGAGGAUCUGGCCCUGGCUCAGGCCCUCGCUGCCAGCGAGGAGGAGUACCAGCGGCAGCAGCGGAGACAACAGGUAGCCCGCACCCGUACGCUUAGCAGUCAGUAGCAUGCUAACAGGAGCCCCGUACUAGGGAAGGGAUACCAGACCGUCCAACUGCCUCCUUUCCUAACAUGAGCACACUGGAGGGAAUGAUGGACGGACUGAAGGAUCGUCCGAGUCUGAUAUGCCUCGUACGCAGGAGAACCUCCAGUAGUCUGCUAGUGACCAGGCAUCACCAGACCACUCCUUGGACCCAGCAUCCCAAUCUUCCAGAUUCAACCAAAACCAACACAGAAGACUUUGCUAUUUGCAUCACACUUUUUACUGUGUGUGUGUGUGUGCGCGCAACUGCUGCUCACAGACUUUUGCUGGGAUCCUCUGCUUUUAUAUUAUAGUGCUCAAAUUGUACAUAUUUUCUAUAAUGGUCAUGGUAAUCAAUGCCAUAGAAAUUCCUUUCUUGAAUAAAUUAUUUUAAAGAUGUUUAUCUUGGCUCGUGAUCUUGUUUUUAAUGUGUUUAAUAAGGCAGUGUUUCUGUGACCACCUAACCUGGGAGGUAAUCUAAUGUAAUGUAAUUGAACAAAUGGUGCCUUUGUAGCUGCUGUUUGUUUGCGGCCUCAUCUUUGGGAAUAAAUAGUACAUCUUUGCAGAGAUGAAAGUAGAAAUGCAUACAAUGGUUCACUCAUUCUGAUGCUAUCUCAAAUUCUGUGAAUAGACCAGUAGUUUGACAUUUUUAAGGGCUUCACCAAUAAUCUCUUAAGUUUCUCUAUCUACAUUUACCAAUAGCCUUUUUAUGAAGUUUUAAUUCUUCACAUUCUGGCUGUUUGAUCUGCUGAAAAAUUAUUUGGGCACAGUCUUGUUUGAUUAUGUAAAUUAGACAUAGCAUCCAUAUUUAUUGACAUUGUUUGUUCGUCAACAAUGUAUGUAUGUCUUCCAUAUUUGUGCACAAUUCAUCUUCAAGAUUUAUGUCAUAUUGACGCUUGAGAAAUUGUUCAUGUUCUACGAUGAGCAGAGCCAUUGUUGUUAUCCGCCCACCAGGGGUCAUGGUUGCACUGCGUAGCGCUCAUGGCAUAUCUUCUGACGUACUGUGCAUCAGAGAACAACACCUCUAGCAAGUUCAUGUAGUGUUUGUGAGUUCAGUGCUGACAACGUUGCAUUCAGCGGUGGAAAAAACAUUUUUUUUCUUCCAGUCAUUUUCUAUUCUCCUGUAUGCUGAAAUAAAGGCUGUUCUCUCUCA